AUGGGUUGUGUUUAUUCAAAAACGCUAAGCCGUAAAAGCUUAUUAAAAUUAAUUGACAAGAGGAACGCAAGUACAAUUAUUUACGAUGAACACCAGGAAAUAAUGAACAUGGUGCUGAGUGGAAGUUUAUGUUCUUCUGCAUCUACUGAAACCCUCCAAAGAAGCCAACGGGAAGAAGAAGAGCUUCUCUUCGAAGACAGCCGCGUUGUUUUAUCCGACGAAACGGGCUCAUGUACCCCUACUAACGCAAGCUACAUCAACGGGUUUAAGGAUCCUCAAGCUUACAUCGCAACAAGGACUCCGGAUUCAGAGUCGACAAUCUUCAAUUUUUGGAGAAUGAUAUGGCAGCACCAAACUGAAAUCAUUGUAAUGCUUGAUCAGCCUGAAGAAAAUCUGUAUGCCGCCUCGUUGUGGAAUUCGGAUGAAGAGUCGUUGCUCCAAGUUGGACAGCUGAGCAUCAAAAAAUUCAGAGCUCAUCAGAACAAUUCAAGUUUUCAGAUUCUGAGAGUGCUUAUAACACAUGAAGAUGGAGCUACGUUGAAUGUGAACUACUUCUUGUUCAAGAACUGGCAGCGCCAAGGCCUCCCGCCCUCAGAAUGUCACGUGCUAGAUCUAAUCUUCAUGACACGUCUUUACAACAAAUCGGCAGUGACGCCGGAGUCUGUAAAGGGCUAUAAGAGUCCUAUAGUGGUUCACUGCAGUGACGGCUUGCAGAGAUCCAUGGUUUUUUGUGCUGUGGAUAUCGGCAUAUCAUCUAUUUCAAUAAGAGGUGAAGUAAAUUUAUAUUCUAUAGUAUCGAAUCUAAGAAAGGAAAGGCAUAAUUGUCUGUACGACGUAAACGACUAUACCAUGUGUUACUUGCUUUUACAUUACUAUUGUAUGUUUUAUAUGUAA